AGGCACUAAAAUGGACAACCAAUGGCUGAGUGUCUGCCCGGUAUAUAAACAGGGAGAAAGACCUCCAAAGUUGGGUGACCCCUAUUUUGUCUACGGUGAACAGGAUCUGAUCCCAAGGACUGUUACCUCUGUUUCUUGUCUGCUGUGAAGUGUUAGAAAGCAAUCAUGCCUUUCGGUAACACCCACAACAACUUCAAACUCAACUACAAAGUUGAGGAGGAGUACCCCGAUCUGUCCAAGCACAACAACCAUAUGGCCAAGGUCCUGACCAAGGAGCUGUAUGGCAAGUUGAGGGACAAGCAGACACCCAAUGGCUUCACCCUGGAUGAUGUCAUCCAGACUGGAGUCGACAACCCCGGUCACCCCUUCAUUAUGACUGUUGGCUGCGUUGCUGGUGAUGAGGAGUCCUACGAGGUCUUCAAGGAUCUGCUUGACCCCAUCAUCUCUGACCGUCAUAAUGGAUACAAGGCCACCGACAAGCACAAGACCGACCUGAACUUCGAGAACCUGAAGGGUGGUGACGACCUGGACCCCGCCUACGUUCUGUCCAGCCGUGUCCGUACUGGCCGCAGCAUCAAGGGAUUCACCCUGCCCCCACACAGCAGCCGUGGGGAGCGCAGAGGCAUUGAGAAGCUGUCCGUUGAGGCUCUGACCAGCCUGGAUGGCGAGUUCAAGGGAAAGUACUACCCCCUGAAGUCCAUGACUGAUGCCGAGCAGGAGCAGCUGAUCAAUGAUCACUUCCUGUUUGACAAGCCUGUCUCUCCCCUGCUGACCUGCGCUGGCAUGGCCCGCGACUGGCCCGACGGCAGAGGCAUCUGGCACAACGACAACAAGACCUUCCUGGUCUGGGUCAACGAGGAGGAUCACCUGCGUGUCAUCUCCAUGCAGCAGGGUGGCAACAUGAGGGAGGUCUUCAGACGCUUCUGCGUUGGCCUGCAGAAGAUUGAGGCGAUCUUCAAGAAGCACAACCACGGCUUCAUGUGGAACGAGCAUCUGGGCUACAUCCUGACCUGCCCCUCCAACCUGGGUACCGGCCUGCGUGGUGGCGUCCACGUCAAGCUGCCCAAGCUGAGCACACACGCCAAGUUCGACGAGAUCCUCACCAGGCUGCGUCUGCAGAAGCGUGGCACAGGUGGUGUGGACACCGCCUCCGUGGGUGGUGUGUUCGACAUCUCCAACGCCGACCGUCUGGGCUCCUCCGAGGUGUCCCAGGUCCAGCUGGUGGUUGACGGUGUCAAGCUGAUGGUGGAGAUGGAGAAGAAGCUGGAGAAGGGAGAGGCCAUCGACAGCAUGAUCCCCGCACAGAAGUAAAGAGGGACGACCUCGCGUUUCUCUCGUGACCAUUCGCGUGCAAUCGAAGCCGGCUGACGGGCUUGCAGAGGAAACAGCCGCUCCACCAAGAGACUCUUGACUCUGCUCGCCUAUUUCUUCCUUCCAGCUUUUGGUUUUUCUUUUUUUUUCUCGUUCCUCUGACCCUUUGUCCUUUCUUUUUUUUUUCACGUUCUCCUGUGUUGGUUGGUAACAUCCUGGGAUCAGCCUCCACUGAGCUGGGCAUCGCCUGGCAGACGUGGCACCACCUACUUUUUCUUAGAAAAAGUAAUGAUUAUUGAAGCUGUUCAAUAAAACCCCAUGAAACAACUAAA